UUUUAAUUAUGGAUUCUUCAUAAGAUUAAUCACACUUAUUGGUUUCUAAUUAAGAGGAAAAUAAUUCAACUUAAGAAGGAGUAAAACAUUAAUAAAAUGAAAAUAAUGACAAUCCGCUUGAUGAUAACUAAAAUAAGGAAUAAUUACCUGAUAUCCAAAAUUAACAUAAUAUUCCAAUAGAAGAAUAAAAUCAGGCUCAAUUAGAAACUGAAAAACUUUCCUAGAUUACUAAUAUAAAUUAACUUUAAGAAUAAUAAGAAAAUUCUCAUCAUUUAGAUUCUGUUCCAAAAAACUAAAAAGAAAAUAAUUUAAUAAAUAAUGAUGAAAGUCACUAUGAAAGAAUCGAUGAACAUAAUGAUAAAAAUUCAUAAUUUUUGGAGUCUGUAUAUGGAGCAAACACCUAACCACUUUGUAAAUAAGAAUAGUAAUAACAAGUAGAAAAUAUAUUCGUAGACUAAUCUCAAUUUGAAAUCUUAGAUAAACCUAAUAAUUAACAAUUGGAUUAAUCAGAAACAAUAUAAAAUGAACAAUAAUUUGAUGAUAAACUCCAUUAAGCUUUAAACUUAUCAAAAGAAGAAUAAAAUUAAUAGGAACCUGAAUUAAUUUAACCAACACUACAUUUGGAUGGAAAUAUGAAUAUUUCUAAAAAAGAAGUUAUUGAAGAAGAAGAAAAAUAAGUUGAAGAAGGUAUUAUUAUAGAUGAAACUACUCAAAAUUUGGCUUCAAAUAAUCAAUAAAAUUCUCAUGUAUCAGUUUAACCAAAAAUAGCAGAAAUUGAUUAAAAAUCAUAACUUGUUCUUUAAUUUUAAAAAUCUUUAGAUGAAGCAACAUUCUUAAAAAAUUAAGGAAAUUAAUGGUUUUAAUAAAAAAAUUAUGAAAAAGCAAUAGAGUAAUAUAAUCUUUCUUUAGGAUUAUGUGAUCCAUAUUAUCUAAUGUAAUGUCCUGAAGAAUAACUUUAAUAAUUUAAAAAAUUAAGAAUAAAUUUGUUAUCUAAUUUAAGUGCUUGUUUUUUGAAUCUUGGUGAUUCUAAUUCUUGUAUUACACAUGCCAAUAUAGUAAAAUAUAAUAAUAAAAUUAAUAGGCUAUAUAACUUGAUCCUCAAAAUCAAAAAGUAUGGUAUAGAAGAGCUUUGGCAUAUCAAUAAAAAUAGGAUUAUGAAGAAGCAUGGAGAGAUAUUGAUUAGGCAUGGAAUAUAGUGAAGAAUACUACAUAAGAUAAAGAGAUUUUUGAGAAAAGAAAAGAAAUUAAGAAACUUUUAAAUCAAUCAAAUAAAGAAAGUGCUAUACUUUUUAAAACAAUGUUUAGUAAUAAUUAAGAAUAAAAUGAGGGCAAAAGUACAAUGAAUGAAUAGAAAACAAAGGAUUCUAAAUUGACUACAAGUGAAAUAUAACAAAAAACAGAAAAAAAUGAUAAUAAUAAUUAAAUUGGUUUUAGAUUCUCUGAUAUAAUUUGGAAAACUACUGCAUCAGCAGUUCUAGCUUCUUCAAUGACAAAAUUUAUUUUGGAGGAUAAACUUGAUUCUAAAAUGGGAUUAAUUAAGACUUUUAUAUUAGGGUCCUCAACAGCUUCAUGUUUUAUAGCAGAAAAACAAUGGUAAAAACUUAGUUUUGCUACUGUCACAGCAGGAUUUUUAGCCUUUGUUUUAUAUCAGAAAUCAACUAAGUGAAUUAUUAUAUUCAAUAGUAUGAAAAGAA